UUGUGUUUUUAUUUGCGCAUUUCGUCUAAAAGAUUUAAGAAGAAGAACAGGAUAGCGAACAUUGUGUUAAAAUAAAUAUUAAUUUAAGACGGAAAGUUUUCCGAUAAAAAGAUCUCAUCUCAUAAGAGAUUAAAUACAAUCUACAUAAUGUUACAGUAAAAUUUUAGUACUACAGGCAUGUAAUCUGUGUAGAACGUAAAAAACGUCAUAUUAAGGGGUUAAACAUCUUGUAUGAUUCGCAAAUAUAAUGAUCCAUAUCUAUCAACUAAUCGUAGGUUUUGCCCCUAUCGAGAGAACACGUAAAGUCCAUAUAAACAAGGUGCACAAUGAUUGCAUGGAAUUAUUUGCUUAUUUCCAUAAUAAACUCGUAGAAGCCUUAGUAAAAUGCACCAAGAACUCCCUCGAAUUAUUAAAGAGAAAAAUACGAGACGAUUUCAUAUCGUUGGAUAUAGAAUUGAUCUUGAUCGAGGAAACGUAUACGUUAAUGGGGAGGUUCAACAUCUCUAUUUCGAAGGAGGAACAGGAUAUUGUGGACAGUUUACGGUACAAUUUUACAAACAUGUUGAACACGGCGAAACAGGUACAAACAAAGAUAUGCGAAAUGCAAGAGCCAUUGAAAAAGGAACUGACGGAUGGUGUUGCGAUAUUUAAGCAACAAGUAAUUCAUUUUGAUCUCGAUUUUGAGCUGAAUGGUCCUAUGGUUGAGGGAAUACCGGCUAAAGAAGCUAGUGAUCGGCUCAUAUUCUUUCAAGCUCUUCUCGAAGAGUUAUGGGAGAAGUACGAAACUUACAGUAGCGGGGAAAGUUUAUUCGGCAUUGAAAUAACAGACUACCCUGCUCUUCAUCAAAGGAAGAGGGAAAUUAAUUUACUGCAGAAGUUAUACUCCUUGUAUUUGCAAGUGAUACGAACGAUCGACGGUUACUACGAGAUACCUUGGUCAGACAUCGAUAUCGAAUCUAUAAUGACUGAAUUAGCCGAUUUUCAGAACAGAUGUCGGCGAUUACCAAAGGCUAUGAGAGACUGGCCAGCUUAUAUCGAGCUGAAGAAGAAGAUCGAUGACUUCAACGAGACUUGCCCAUUGUUAGAGAUGAUGGCUAAUAAAGCGAUGCAAGAAAGACACUGGGAAAGAAUGUCGAAGUUGUGCAAAUACCACUUUGACGUCGAGUCGGAGACUUUUACUUUGGCUAGCGUGAUGCAGGCACCUUUGUUGAAGUACAAAGAUGAAGUUGAGGAUAUAUGCAUAAGCGCGGUGAAGGAGCAAGAUAUAGAGAGUAAACUGAAUCAAAUUAUAGCAGAAUGGGCUACCGUAGAUUUACAGUUCUCCACGUUUAAGCAAAGAGGAGAAUUACUUUUAAAAGGCACAGAAACGAUCGAGAUAAUAUCUCAACUGGAAGACAGUUUAAUGAUCAUCAGUUCACUCCUGGCAAAUCGAUAUAAUGCGUAUUUCAAAAAGGACAUACAAUUGUGGCAAAAUAAGCUCAGCAACACCUCCGAAAUUUUAGCAAAAUGGUUGACUGUACAGAAUUUAUGGGCUUAUUUAGAAGCGGUGUUCAUUGGCGGUGAUAUAUCGAAACAACUCCCAGCAGAGGCGAAACGUUUCAAUAAUAUCGAUAAAGCUUGGGUGAAGAUAAUGUAUCGAGCACGUGAAAACGUGAACGCAGUGGAAACAUGCACAGGAGACGAAACAAUGGGACAAUUCUUGCCACAUUUAUUGGAACAGCUGGAAUCGUGUCAGAAGUCUCUCAGCGGAUACUUGGAAACAAAACGAAGCGUAUUUCCAAGAUUUUGCUUCAUAUCAGAUCCCACCUUGUUGGAAAUACUUGGUCAAGCAGCAGAUUGCCAUACCAUACAGAAAUAUCUCGAUGGUUUCUUCGACAACACAGCAAGAUUAGAGUUUCACGAAAAAGAGUAUGAGAGGAUUGUAGCUAUGUAUUCGCGCGAAGGCGAGAAGGUACUAAUGGAGAAGGAUGUUAUAUGUUCAGGGGGUGUAGAGAACUGGUUGAACACUUUGUUAGCGGUUCAUCAAUUCUCAGUUGGCAGUGUAAUCUCCCAAGGGCUGCAAGCUCUCACCUACGAAGAGUUUGACGUUAUACAAUUGAUAGACAAUUCGAUUUUACAAGUAGGCCUAUUAGUCUUGCAAGUUUUAUGGACUCGCAACUCUGAAAUAGCUCUCAAUACAGUAAGACGAGACAGAACCAUAAUGAAGCGAACGAAUCAAUGGUUCCUCGAAUUAUUAAACAGUCUCAUUGAAGUGACUGUUAAGGAUUUGUCGAAAUACGCGAGAGCAAAAUACGAGGCCUUGAUUACUAUUCAUGUGCAUCAGAGAGACAUAUUCGACGAAAUGUGUCAGAUGAGAGUUCGCAAUGUGCACGACUUCGAGUGGUUGAAGCAGUGUAGAUAUUAUUACGAUACCGAAACAGAAGAUGUUCCUAUAAAAAUCACAGACAUAGAUUUUGUUUAUCAGAAUGAGUUUCUAGGUUGCACUGAUCGACUCGCCAUUACGCCUCUUACCGACAGAUGCUACAUAACGUUAGCUCAAGCUGUAGGUAUGAAUUUUGGAGGUGCACCAGCGGGACCAGCUGGGACUGGCAAAACAGAAACCACAAAGGAUAUGGGGAAAGCCCUUGGAAAGUACGUGGUGGUAUUUAAUUGCUCGGACCAAAUGGAUUUCCGCGGUUUGGGCAGAAUAUUUAAAGGAUUAGCCAUGGCCGGAGCGUGGGGCUGUUUCGACGAGUUUAAUCGCAUCGAUUUGCCGGUUCUAUCCGUCGCUGCUCAGCAAAUAGCGAUCGUACUCACAACAAGAAGGGAAAGAAAAACAAGUUUCCUUUUUAGUGACGGUGAAGUAUACAAAUUAAACUACGAGUUUGGGAUCUUCAUUACUAUGAAUCCUGGCUACGCUGGUCGCCAAGAGUUGCCAGAAAAUUUAAAGAUACAAUUUAGAAGCGUUGCUAUGAUGGUUCCCGAUAGACAAAUUAUUAUGCGUGUAAAAUUAGCAGCCUGUGGCUUUAAGGAGAACCUUUUACUAGCACGAAAAUUUUUUACUUUGUACAAACUAUGCGAAGAACAAUUAAGCAAACAAGUGCAUUAUGAUUUCGGUCUGAGAAACAUUUUAUCCUGUUUGCGAACUCUUGGUGCGCAGAAACGAGCGAAUCCCACCGAUUCUGAAGAGACUACCUUAAUGAGAGUUUUAAGAGACAUGAAUCUAUCAAAGUUGGUAGACGAAGACGAACCCUUGUUUAUGUCUCUCAUCGAAGAUAUGUUCCCAGGAAUCAAACUCAGAGUUCAAACAUACAAGGACCUGCAGAAAGCAAUUGCAAAUGCAACUGCCGCUCUUGGCAUAAUGAAUCAUGCAGAGUGGAAUUUGAAAACAAUUCAAUUAUACGAAACGUCUUUGGUUCGUCAUGGUUUGAUGGUGCUCGGACCAACAGGAUCCGGGAAAACCAUGUGCAUGUGGGCUCUUAUGAAAGCUUUAACAGAAAUGGGCAUGCCCCAUAAAGAAGUCAGAAUGAAUCCCAAAGCCAUAACCGCGUCUCAGAUGUUUGGUAGACUGGAUGUAGCGACAAAUGAUUGGACAGAUGGAAUUUUCUCUACUAUAUGGAGAAGAUCGACACAGACGAAGAAAACAGAAAAUUUAUGGAUGGUCUUGGAUGGCCCUGUGGAUGCUGUAUGGAUUGAGAACUUAAAUUCGGUGCUGGAUGAUAAUAAGACAUUGACUUUAGCGAAUGGCGAUCGUAUAAUUAUGGCGUCGAACACUAAAUUGGUCUUUGAGCCAGAUAAUGUCGAUAAUGCAUCGCCAGCCACGAUAUCCCGCAUGGGAAUGGUGUUUAUAAGCGCUUCUGUUCUAAAAUGGACCCCCAUUCUACAAGGGUGGUUCAAGACACAACCGCCUGCACAAGUAGAAGUGUUGAAUAAUUUCUUUAAUAAAAUUUACAACGAUGCUCAUACCUUCGUUCAAACGAAGCUUCCGACAACAAUGCAUCUCCUGGAAGCUCUUUAUAUAAGGCAAUGUAUCGAUCUAUUGGAUGGUUUGCUUGGUACAAAUAAAGAUACGGCUAGUACGUAUUUUUUAUCCAUAUACUCAGAGUAUCACAUCGAAAAGAUAUUCCUAUUCUCGCUAAUGUGGAGUCUGGGAGCGGUAUUGGAAUUAGACGAACGUAACGCAUUGCAGGAGUUCCUACUUAAUCAUCAAUCGAAAUGUAAUUGGCCAAAAUGCAAGGAAGAUGAAACUAUCUUUGAAUAUCUGGUGUCAGACGAUGGCCAGUGGAUUCAUUGGUCCGAAAAGGUCCCAGAAUUUAUCUAUCCUUCGGACGAAGUUUUAAAAUAUUACACUAUUUUAGUCCCUAACAUAGAUAAUGCAAGAACCUUAUUUUUGAUCGAUAUCAUUGCAAAACAAGGAAAAGCAGUGCUGCUAAUAGGAGAGCAAGGAACGGCGAAAACAGUCAUGAUCAAAAGCUUCAUGUCCCAUUACGAUCCAGAAGAACACCUAUUCAAAUCUUUUAGUUUUUCUUCUGCAUCAACCCCUAAUAUGGUUCAGCGAGUGUUUGAGAGCUACGUCGAGAAAAGGGUGGGUACCACUUACGGACCGCCAGGUGGUCGGAAAAUGACCAUUUUCAUCGACGAUAUAAAUAUGCCUGAGAUAAACGAAUGGGGUGAUCAAAUUACAAACGAGAUAGUUCGUCAACUGAUGGAGUAUAAAGGAUUUUAUUCCCUGGAUAAGCCAGGCGAUUUCUGCAUUAUACAGGAUAUUCAGUUGUUAGCAGCUAUGAUCCACCCUGGCGGCGGUAGAAACGAUAUUCCACCACGGCUCAAGAGACAAUUCAAUAUUUUUAACUGUACAUUACCAUCCAACAAAUCUAUGGACACGAUUUUCAGAAGUAUUGGACAAGGAUAUUUCUGUAGUACUAGAUUCGACGAGAAUAUUGUAAGCUUUCUGCCAAAAUUAAUACCUUUGACGAGAGUUCUAUGGCAGCAGACUAAAAGUAAAAUGUUACCAACGCCAGCGAAGUUCCACUAUAUUUUUAAUUUAAGAGACUUGUCACGAAUAUGGGAAGGCAUUCUCAGAAUAGAAAGAGCUGAAUGUGAUUCUAGAAGCAGACUAUUAAAGCUUUGGGAACACGAAUGUACUCGAGUGAUUGCAGAUCGAUUUACGAAUAACGAGGACACCCAGUGGUUCAAAAGUACAUUAAGAAAAACUGCGGAGAAAAUGUUGGGUUCUGAUUUUAAUUUCUAUAUACCAGUCGAAACAUAUUUCGUGAACUUUCUACGCGAACCGCCGGAACCUACUGGAGAUGAACCGGAAGACUUCGUCUUCGAGGCGCCAAAGAUUUACGAAGAGAUUCCAAGUUAUGAGGAUGUGAUUGCGAAAGUUCGACAAAACAUGGAUCAAUUCAACGAAUACAUUCGGGGGAUGCACCUGGAUCUAGUAUUCUUUCACGAUGCUUUGGUGCAUCUGAUUCGAAUAUCGAGAAUCCUAGGUGUUCCUCGAAGUAACGCGAUGCUAGUAGGUGUUGGAGGAUCAGGCAAACAGAGUCUGACUCGGCUGGCCUCUUUUAUUGCUGGUUUUAGUUUCUAUCAAAUUACGUUAACCAGGAGUUAUAGUGUUACAAGCUUAUUGGAGGAUUUACGAAAAGUGUAUAGUGCAGCUGGUGUAGGAAGCAAAGGACAAACGUUCAUAUUUACCGAUAAUGACAUAAAGGAGGAAGCUUUUCUGGAAUAUAUUAAUAAUAUCUUGAGCGUUGGUGAAGUUGCAAAUCUAUUUCCAGCAGAUGAACUUGAUGAGAUUUUGACGACGGUGACGCCUAUGAUGAAGAAGGAUGAUCCAAGGCGUCCACCCACUCCUGAUAAUCUUUACGAUUAUUUCCUGUCACGUGCGAGAGAUCAGUUACAUGUGAUCUUGUGUUUUUCACCAGUUGGUGAGAAGUUCAGAUCACGAGCACUGAAAUUCCCUGGUCUUAUAUCCGGUUGCACCAUGAACUGGUUCUGGAGAUGGCCAAAAGAUGCUUUGUACGAAGUCAGUGAUCAUUUCUUAAAAAAAUAUAAAGUAAUGUGUAGUGCAGAGAUAAAACAACAGUUGAUGGAAGUUAUGGGAGAUAUACAUCAUGAUGUGAAUGACGUUUGCACACAAUAUUUCGAUAGAUUCCGAAGAGAAGUAUACGUAACACCAAAAUCAUUUUUAACAUUCCUAAGCGGAUAUAAAGUACUUUACAAACAACGUUUGGAUAAUAUUAAUAUCCUCUCGUAUCGUAUGAGCAGUGGUUUAAGUAAGUUAAUCGAUGCUGCAGGCCAAGUCGAUGAAUUGCGUAAAGUUUUGGAACAAAAUCAACAAGAAAUCGCUGAGAAGAAUGUGCAAGUCGAAGCUAUUUUAGUUACUGUGAAUGAAAAGAAGAGCGAAGCGGAAGCGGUGAAAGCACAAGUGCAGGUUUCUAAGGACGAAGCAGAAACUAUCUUGAAAGUGAUCGCGAAAGAAAAAGCGGCAGCAGAACAGAAAUUGAAAGCUGCGGAGCCUGCUUUAUUGGAAGCAGAGGCUGCCUUGCAAACUAUAAAAGCUGCUGACAUUGCCACAGUAAGAAAACUAGGAAAACCACCAUAUUUAAUUACUCUUAUUAUGGAUUGCGUGUUAAUACUGUUUGGAAGAAGAUUGGAACCAGUUAAACCUGAUUACGAACGACAAUUUUUAACUCCUUCGUGGUCUGAAGCUUUAAAAGUGAUGGCUGAUACUAGAUUUUUAUACAAUUUGCAAAAUUUCCCAAAGGAUAAUAUCAACGCCGAAACCGUCGACUUAAUGCGACCAUACUUAAAUUAUCAUUUGUAUACUUAUGAAGCUGCGAAGCAAGCUUGCGGAAACGUUGCUGGUCUCAUUCAGUGGACCAUCUCAAUGGUUACAUUCUACGGAAUAAAUAAAGAUGUUCUUCCACUAAAAGCGAAUUUGGCUGUGCAAGAAAGUAAAUACGAGAAAGCGAAUCGAAACUUAAUGGAAGCUGAAAGUGUCUUGAGAGAGAAAGACGAAGAUUUGAAAGUGGUACAACAAGAGUUCGAUGCUGUGAUGGAAGAACGUCAAAAAAUAGUCGAUUUAGCAGAAAUAUGUCAAGCGAAGACAGACACAGCCACAGCAAUGAUCGAGGGACUUUCUGGCGAAAGAAUAAGAUGGACGGAGCAAAUUGCUAUCUUUAAAUCGGAAAUAGAUCGUCUAGUCGGCGAUGUAUUGAUUCUAAUAGGUUUCUUAUCAUAUUGCGGGCCCUUCAAUCAAGAAUUCAGGACUCUAUUGCAGAGACAAUGGUUUGAUUUUAUCCAAGCCCGAAAGAUUCCGAUUUCCCUCGUAAUAAAUAUUACGGCUACUUUGACUGAUACUGCUACUAUUGGAGAGUGGAGUUUGCAAGGUCUUCCAACGGACGAUUUGUCCAUUCAGAAUGGAAUUAUAGUAACGCAAGCAACCAGAUAUCCCCUCUUAAUCGAUCCUCAGCUACAAGGUAAAGCAUGGAUCAUGAAGAAAGAAGAAGAAUUUCAAUUGCAGGCAACGUUACUCACACAUAAAUAUUUUAGAAAUUAUUUGGAAGAUUGUGUUUCUCUGGGUCGUCCAUUGUUAAUCGUCGACGUAGGAGAAGAAUUGGAUCCUGUUUUGGACAAUUUGCUGGAAAAGAACUUUAUAAAGAUAGGAACUUCUUUGAAGGUAAAGUUAGGCGAUAAAGAAGUGGAUAUUCAUAAGGAUUUUAGACUUUAUAUUACUACGAAGUUACCCAAUCCAUCGUAUACGCCAGAAAUAUUUGCACGUACUGCUAUAAUCGAUUUUACUGUCACUAUAAAGGGAUUGGAAGAUCAGUUAUUAGGAAGAGUAAUCCUAACAGAGAGAAAGGAACUUGAAAACGAAAAAACACAGUUGAUAGCAAAUGUAACUGCGAAUAAUAGAAAGAUCAAAGAAUUAGAAGCUAAUCUUCUACAAAAAUUGACGACCGUAGAAGGACCUUUGAUAGAAGACGUAGAACUAAUGUCUGUACUAAAUAUCACGAAACAAACAGCUGCCGAGAUAAACGAGCAGUUAAGCAUCGCAAAGGAUACAGAAUUAAGAAUCGAUUUAGCUCGAGAAGAAUUUCGACCAGUAGCAACACGUGGCAGUGUUUUGUACUUUUUAAUUUGCGAUAUGUCUUUGGUUAAUUGCAUGUAUCAAACGUCGCUCGUUCAAUUCUUAGAACGUUUCGACCUUUCUAUGGAAAGAUCUGAGAAGAGUCCAGUUAAUCAACGUAGAAUCAAUUUCAUUAUUGAAUACCUCACAUAUGAAAUCUUCAAGUACAAAGCAAGAGGUCUUUACGAAAUUCAUAAAUACAUGUUCAUCUUAUUGAUGACGUUAAAGAUUGAUUUACAACGUGAUGUUAUUUCUCACGAUGAGUUCCAGUAUUUUAUCAAAGGUGGUGCAGCCUUGGACUUAAACACUGUUGCACCAAAACCUUGCAAAUGGAUUACAGAUGUUACCUGGUUAAAUUUGAUUGCACUUUCUGCCUUAAGACAAUUUCAAUACAUUCCUUCUCAAGUACCAGCUUCUGAAAAGGUUUGGAAGCAAUGGUUUGAUAAACCUACUCCGGAGGAAGAAGUGAUACCUGAUGGUUAUAACAGUUUAGAUACUUUUCGACGUUUAUUGUUAAUUAGGGCAUGGUGUAUUGAUAGAACACUAUCACAAUCAAGAAAAUACAUAUCAACUUCAUUAGGAGAAAGAUAUGCAGAGCCUGUAAUUACUCUUUUGGAUGUAAUGCACAGUGAAUCAAGACCAAAUACUCCCAUGAUUUGCUUCUUGAGUAUGGGUUCUGAUCCUACACCCAGUAUAGAACACCUUGCUAAAAAAUUGGAGAUUAUGUGUAAAAGUAUCUCAAUGGGACAAGGACAAGAAGUUCAUGCAAGAAAAUUGAUUCAAAGUGCAAGCACUGAAGGUUACUGGGCAUUGUGUCAAAAUUGUCACUUAGGUUUGGACUAUAUGCAAGAAUUAGUUAACUUCAUUUUGGAAAUGGAGGAACCACAUCCAAAUUUUCGUAUAUGGAUUACUACAGAACCACACAAGGACUUUCCAAUAUCUCUUUUGCAAAUGUCCAUAAAAUACACUUAUGAGCCUCCACAAGGUGUGAGAGCAGGUUUGCUUGCCACAUAUAGUGGAAUGAGUCAAGAAAUGUUAGAUCAAUGUGAUGCUCCACAAUAUAUACCAAUUAUAUACACAGUAUCGUUUUUACAUACUAUUGUGCAAGAGAGAAGAAAAUUUGGACCUCUUGGUUGGAACAUACCAUAUGAAUUUAAUCUAUCAGAUUGGCUGGCAUCCUGCAUGUUCAUUAACAAUCAUUUGAGUGAUUUUGAUGUAAAACAAGGAAUAAGUUGGCACACGAUAAGAUACAUGAUAGGAGAGGUGCAGUAUGGAGGUCGUGUUACGGAUGAUUAUGACAAAAGGUUGUUGAACACAUUUGCAAAAUUAUGGUUUUUAGAUGCAAUUUUUUCAGAGGACUUUGUAUUCUACAAAGGAUACCCUGUUUUAGUUUACAAACAAGUUACAGACUACCUGAAAGUAAUUGAUGAAAUGAGUUCCAUAGAUCCACCACAAGUUUAUGGUUUGCAUCUUAAUGCAAACAUUACAUAUCAAGGUAAUACUACACAAGCUGUUUUAGAUACUAUAAUAUCUGUACAACCAAAGGAAGCAGGUGUAGGUGGUGGUGAAUCUAGGGAAGUAAUUGUAUCUAGACAAGCAAAGGAAAUGUUAAAGAAAUUGCCACCAAGUUAUGAUCCAUUUGAAGUAAAACAGAGAUUGCGAAUAUUGGGUGCCACUGCACCAAUGACUAUUUUUCUGAAACAAGAAAUUGAUAGAAUACAAGUAGUUAUUACAUUAGUGGACGUUAUUUUAAAAGAUCUUUUACUUGCUAUAGAAGGUGUUAUUAUAAUGAGCGAGGAAUUGAGAGAUGCUCUUGAUAAUAUAUAUGAUGCUAGAGUACCAAAAGCAUGGAAAGCAAAAUCAUGGGAAUCUACCUCUCUUGGUUUUUGGUAUACUGAACUACUGGACAGAAAUAAACAAUUUUCUACUUGGUUGCACACUGACAGACCUGCCAAAUUCUGGAUGACUGGAUUUUUCAAUCCUCAAGGAUUUCUAACUGCAAUGAGGCAAGAAGUAACAAGAGCUCACAAAGGAUGGGCAUUGGAUAAUGUAACUUUACAUAAUGAAGUUUUACGGUAUACAGCAGAAGAAAUUAAAGUUGCACCUCAAGAGGGAGUUUAUAUAUAUGGACUAUUUCUUGAAGGGGCUGGUUGGGAUAGAAGGAAUAAUAGACUGUGUGAAUCAGCAAAUAAAGUUCUAUAUGUAUUAAUGCCUGUCAUUCACAUCUUUGCUUUAUAUAAUAUUCCUGAUAAAGAUCCAAAAUUAUAUCAGUGUCCAGUGUAUAAAAAACCACAAAGAACCUACGUGCUAUUGGUUACACCACUUUGGUUGCAAACAAGCAGACCACCAGAAUUCUGGAUCUUGCGCGGGGUAGCUCUAUUAUGUGAUAUAAAAUAAAAGUAUUUGUAUCUCUUUUCUUAAAUUAACAUGCUUCAAGAGAAUAUAUAAUAUGAUGCAAAUGAUUCUAUGAGAUUUAUGUGAUAUUUGUUAUUGGACAAUACUUCUUAUAAUUAUUUGAUUUUAAAAACUACCAGAAACUAUAAAUAAGGAAUCUGACGGGAAAAUAUAAAUUCUAUAUACAUUUCAGACUAAUUUCAGAUUUUAGCAGUACAAUCAUGAUAGUUGUGUCUCAUUACAGUGGAAAUAAAAUUUCAAAAUGUUUUAUAUAACCCAUACAGUACAUACAUAAAAAUUUUCUACAGUAAAUGCACAAAUAUUUUGUUAAGCUAUUGUAGGUAUGAUUAAUACUUACCUUUUACAUUUGAUCGAAGUCGUCUCAUAAUUAUCAUUGUUAAAAGAAUUACCGCUGGGAAUUUAUCCAUGUCGAGUCUUGAAAACUCGUGGUGGCACCUCGUGUUCUAA